AUGGUUAAAGAAAUUGCCGAGAUAUGUUAUGCCAAUGGAUCAAAAUUAGAAUUUCUUAUAACAAAUAAAACGACAACAGAAGAAAUUUUUACAAUAGCAUCUGAUGGUAUUGAGAUGUCUGAGGGUGAAAGAAAAUAUUUUGGUAUAGCUGUUGUUGAUGAUGAUGAUCAAUACCAAUUCUUGGAUAGUACAACUAAAUUAUAUGACAUUUCUUGUAAAUGUCAGGGUAUCAAUGAUAAAAGUAAAUUGUAUACAUUACAAUAUGCUCUAAAAAGAAUUCCUACAAAUUUAUUUUCAAAUAUUACAUCUCCAAAUUUGUUGUAUUUAUUAUUUUUAGAAGCUAAAAAUCAAUUAUUAUCGGGAAUGUUACCAUUACCAAAUAUUAAUUUAUGUGCUCAUUCUUUUGCCUACCUCCUUCAUUUAUUGGAGGGUCCUUAUGUCAAUGAAAAACUUUUUAUCAUUAUGUUAAGAUCUUUACAAUGGAAUCAUAGAAUAUUAAAAUAUUACAAUGUUACAGAAGAUAUAUUUAAUAAUGAAGUAGAAAAAUGUUAUAAAGAAUGUAUAUCAAGAAGUAAGGGUGAUAUAUUUUUUGAAUUAAUAAAAUUAAUGCAACAAAGUUGGGCUUUUGUUGGAAGAUUUUAUAAAGUUAAAGAUAAAAUGAAUAUGAAUUGUUUGUUAGGCUUAUGUGAAAAGGGAAUAUUUUUAGUGACGGAUGAUGCAUUAUUAAAAAUAAAAAAAGAAAUUCCGUGGAAAGAUGUACAAAAUUUCCAAAUGAAAAGGGAAUGGUUAAUUAUUGAUGUCGAUGGUUAUAAAUAUUCUUUUGCCACUAAUAAUAAUACUGCAUGUAAAUUAUUAUGGAUUGAAAUUGUCAAUAAACACCAAGAUUUUUUAAAUGAAUGUUCAAAAUCUUUAACAUAUAUUGGUACAAGUGAUAAAAGUUUAUUUAUUAAGAAAUAUGAUACUUUUUUUACCCAAACUUCUGGACAAUAUUCUGCUUUUCUUAAUAAAAAUAAUAAAUAUAGGGAUUCUGUAUGUUCUGUUAUAUCUUCACUUUCAUCAGAAAUGUCACUUAAAAGGGAAAAUAAUCUAUUGCAAUAUAAAAAAUAUAAAACAGAGAAAGAAAAUCUUGUAAUUCAAUUAAUAAAAAAGUUAGAUGAAUUAAAAGAAAUAUGUAUUCAGGAAGCAGAACUUACUGGAGAACUUCCCAAAGAAAUAUAUAAAACAUUAAUGCCAGGAGAACCUGAGCCUAAAAUAAAUAGACGUGUUGGUACAACAUUUAAAAUAUCAAAUGACAUUCUUAAGAAUUUGACAAAUGAAGGAAAAAAUGAAGUUGAUAGGAUAUUACAAAUGGAAGUUGAUAUAAAUGUACAAAGAGCAAUAGUAAAUGCUGAAAAGUAUCUUUCUCGUGAUAAGUCAACUCAUAAAAGUAUAAGAAAAAAAAGAAAAAAAGAUUUUGUUGCUGCUAAUGAAAGAUUAAAAGAUCUUGAAAAAUGUUUAACUCAGGAAAGAAGUGUUCUUCUAACUAAAGAAGAAGAUGUUGUUUUUAAGGAUUGUAAUCUCACAGAAAAAAAAGUUAUCUUUUUUAAUUAUUAA